AAACGCUGGGCUUUAACCACCGGCACAGAUAUAAACAGACUGCAAACAACAAGUACCAAACAAACGUCGGUCCACGUCUCGAAGCACCGACAUUUAUAGGCACCAUGGCAAACGUGGACAUAUCUAACAAUCUGGAGCGUCACGUUGCACGUAGAACCUUCCCCCUUCUCGCCCGGACAAGGGUUUGUCGCAACCUUUUCGGACCCGUAGAUCACGAGGAACUGCACUGUGAAAUGAAACGUAAACUCCAGGAGAUCUCCGAACGAGACCAGAGCCGGUGGAAUUUUAACUUUGAGACCAACUCGCCAUUGCCUGGAGAUUACGAAUGGGAAGCGAUGUCGCAGGACUGUUUGCCAUUUGUAUACAAGGAUACUGUGCAAAAUAAGAGAGCGCGCGCCGCGGUGUCUGUGAAUGCAACAGAAGAUGCAUCCGUCGUUGACUGUGGAUCUCACGGUUUAUCGAUAUCGGAUAGCGGUCCAGUUCAAGAAUCUGCGGACAUCCCGGGUAGGUCCAACGAGCGUAACCAGGAGAAUCACUCCAGUGCACUUAACUCAAGACCUGCUCGCUCUGCGUUCGUAAGAAAUAGACGAAAGAGGACACUGAUCCCAGAAUCCUCCAGAAACAGCACACCACAAAUUACAGACUUCUUCCCGAAGAGAAAAAGGACCCUGGAGUCCAAGCAAGAUGAACGCACAUCAACCAGCAUUGAAGUAACGCCACGAAAAACUAUACGAUGAUGAUAUUUGCACUCCACUGAAAAUGCAGCAGUCCAUCUGUGUUUAUCUGCAGAGCGGAUGAAAGGAAACAAGGGGACGAAACUUGAACUCUCUCUCUCUUGACUCAGAUACAUGUAGCAAUAAUGGCUCCUCCAGCAGAGACUUUGUUGAAGUGUUACAAUGUCUAAACGGUGCAAUUUUAUAUUUCCUUUGUUGUAACUGUGUAGAUGGCUAGGCCACACAGCUCUAAUAGUCUAGAGCAAUACAUUUUUUUUUCUUUUGCAAUGUGCAACUAACUUAUUUUAUUUAUGUUUCAUUAAAGUUUUUACAUUUUAUUAUUUACAGCAAUUGUUAUUGUUUCAUUAUUUCUGCCAUAUUUUAUUUUUUAUUUAAGUUUUGUUUGCAGCAUCAUGUAAAGAAUGUUUGAGCCGUGUUUUGCAAAUAUAUUCUAUA